AUAAAAAACCCGAGGGGCAAGAGGGCGCCCCGAUGGACUGACCACCGGAAAUUCGUCGCCGUUCGCUCCUCGCCGUCUUGAUCCUCUCCUUCCGUCUCCAAUCCGCAGAGAGAGAAAUAGAGAGAGAUGCUGCUGCGUCGAUCUUUCUUGAUUGCCCUUGUCUUCCUUCUCGCCUUGUCCUUACUUCCUUGUCAUGUUCAUUCCAUCGACCCCUACAAGGUUCUCGGCAUUGACCGGAAAGCAAGUCAGCGUGAUAUUCAGAAAGCUUUCCAUAAGCUCUCGCUUCAGUAUCACCCUGACAAGAACAAAGACAAGAGUGCACAAGCAAAGUUCUCAGAAAUAAAUAAUGCAUAUGAGAUCUUGUCAGAUGAGGAGAAGAGGAAAAACUAUGAUUUGUAUGGAGAUGAAAAGGGGGGGCCAAUAUUUAGUGAUAUGAACUACGGCGGUCCUCAGGGAGGAUCAGCACAUUUUACCUAUGGGGGCCAUGACUUUGGACAGAGCUCAUGGCACACGAUGGGCAAGAACAGAGAUUCAGAGACUUAUAGUUAUUCCUCUGGAAAACCAGGAGGAAGCAGCAGAAGUUACAGUUUCGACUUUGGAAGUUCAGGAUUUGCGGGAGACCUUUUCUCUAACAUAUUUGAUGCUUUUCUCAAUAAAAGGAGCUUUAGCAGUUUUAGUAGCUCAAAUGGUCCCAGUUCAGAAUCUCAAACUAUUCAAAAUAUUCCAAGUGUCAACAGAAAAGUAUUUAAAAGCAAAAUAUCAGAUCAAGGCUUAACCUGGCUGUUGUUGUUCUAUAUGCCUAAUAUGAGAGGUCUCCAGAUGAUACAGUCCAUCUUGCAGGAGGUUGUGGGUUCUCUAAAGGGAGCACUGAAGGUUGGUAGUGUAAACUGUAAAACGGAGCAGAAAUUCUGCAAAGAACUUGGUGUGUGGCCAUCCACAAUGCCCCGGAUAUUUGUGUAUUCCUAUAGGAGCUCUGAAGAAGGCUCGUUGGUUGAAUACAGUGGUGAUCUGGACUCCAGGCAACUGAGGAAAUUCUGUCAGGACCAGCUUCCACGGUUUUCAAAAAGGGUGGAUUUGAGUGCAUUUGAUUUUUCACCCAAAAAAGGGAAGAAUAUGCCUCAAGUUGUUUUGCUUUCAACCAAGAAGGAGACGCCUGUUAUAUGGCGUACCCUUUGUGGCCUGUAUCGAAAACAAUUAAUUUUCUAUGAUGCAGAGAUUCAUGAUGUUUCUAAUCCAGUGAUGAAAGGGUUGAAAGUGGAUUCCCUUCCAGCAAUAGUUGGCAUCCUCCCAACUGGUGAAAAGCAUAUCUUGAGUGCAGGAAUGGUUGUCAAUGAUCUGGAAUCUGGAAUAAAAGAGAUUUCAGAACUAUUAGAGAAGUUCGAAAAGAAGUACAAAAAAGCAUCCAAGGAAACUGCAAGAGAAUCAACUUGUGACUCUGAUGACGAACGUGUUCCCUUGCUUACAAAGGAAAACGUGCGUGGUCUUUGUGGAGAGAAGACAAGUGUGUGCAUCAUUGGUGUUUUCAGAAAACCAAGGACAAAGGAGAAGUUGCAGGCUAUUCUUUCUUCUGUUUCUCAGAAGAGGAUGAUGCGGCGUCAGGAUUCAACAAAGGACAUGGUGGUCUCCUAUUCUCUGUUGGACGCAAGCAAGCAGCCUUCAUUUCUUUACUCAUUUGACAUGUCUGGUUUCAAGUCCUCAGAUGGGUUAUUGGUCUCUUAUAAACCUCGGAAAGAGAGAUAUGCAGUAUAUUCUGGUGAUUUGAAUUUUGAGAAUGUGGAGGAUUUUGUUGGCUUGGUUCUUAGUGGGGAUGUACAGUUUAAAAAGAUACUUAGGGAAGCAGAACUCAAGUAGAUGGCAGCAGGCCAGCGGCAUUCAUUUUUGUAUCCCUGGUUCGGAUGUGAGUCAACGGCUUGGCGCAUUCACAACUUCUGUGCCAAUUGAAAGUAUUGUAAAGUUUGCAUACGCAUGUACAGGAGCUACUAAUUAUCAGAAAGUUGGUAGUAUGAGAAACUUUCUUAAGAAAAUGCCCUUGAGAGGGUAACAGUUUCACAGUAACGCCCAUACGUAGUUUUGAUUAUUGAGUUUGGUGUCAGAAGAGGUUUCACA